AUGCCUUCCCCCCCACCUCCCUUGGUCCCCUUGGUUCCCUUUCUGCUUCGCUUCUCUCAGCCGGGUGGAAUCGACGCCCUCGUGGUGUACUAUAUUGAUUCCGGCUUAAGAGUCGUCGAUAUUCGAGAUGAUGACCCCCAGUGGCUUCAUCGCCCCCUUGAGGUGGGCAGCCAACAUAAACCUACCGAAAUGAGGUAUGAUCAGGCAAUCACGUCUGCCUCGUCUCUGCCUCGCUGAAGGGUAAUUUGAAGCGAAGGCCAGUGAAAGCUCCACUAGGAAAGGAUGAUGACCUAUAUAAAGGACGCUGGUGGUUCUCGUCUUCCGCUUGAGACCAUCAACAACCUCCACAUCUCCCCAUCUUUCUAUUACCAACCCGAGCAAGCACCGGAGAUAAAUUCAUCAUCAUGUUCGUGAAAACGGCGCUGCUUGGCCUGCUGUCUGGUUCCUUCCUGUACGGAAUGGCCCAGGCCGAGCUGGAUUUUACCCAGUGGCAUCCUGCAGGGCCCAGCGACUU